CUCCUCCUCCUCCUCCUCGUACUCCUCCUGUGCUCCAGCCAUCGACGAAACUUCAAAGCUGACUUCACAACCAUUAACAGCCGUCGGAUUUAUGUUUCCACACCGAGGGAUGCAGUGAGCCGAGAGAGUUUACGCCGGCAUGUGAAGCUCCUCUGGCGAAUGAAUCUUGAGACGUUAGCGCGAAGAUGAGCUCUUAGCCGACGGUUCACCACCAAAACUUGUCUGUUCUCCUGCUAGCUGAAGUGUGCCCGUGGAUUCAGUCAUGGCUCGUGGUUGCAUCUGCUGCGUUAAAUACAUGCUCUUCCUCUUCAACCUGCUCUUCUGGCUGGGUGGGUGUGGACUGUUGGGUGUGGGCGUGUGGCUGUCAGUGUCUCAGGGCAGCUUUGCCACCUUGUCACCCUCCUUCCCAUCGCUCUCUGCCGCCAACCUCAUCAUCACCCUCGGCACCGUUGUCAUGGUGACAGGUUUCCUGGGUUGCCUGGGUGCCAUUAAGGAGAACAAGUGCCUACUGCUGAGUUUUUUUAUCGUUCUGUUGAUCAUCCUCUUGGCCGAACUUAUCCUCCUCAUCCUGUUCUUUGUCUACACCGACCAGGUGAGUGAAAAUGCCAGGCGGGACCUGAAGGAAGGACUCGUUCUGUACAACACAGAUAACAACGCCGGCCUGAGGGACGCAUGGAACACCAUACAGGGAGAGUGGCGAUGUUGUGGUGUGACCAACCACAAUGACUGGUACACCGCCCUGCAUGAGAACGUGGUUCCCGACCGCUGCUGCCAGCAGGUUUUCCCGGGCUGUGGACGCAACGCCUCCAACACCUUCUGGACACGGGGUUGCUAUGAAAAGGUGGAGGAGUGGCUGGAUGACAACAAACACCUUUUGGGAACCAUUGCCAUGUGUGUGUUGGUCAUACAGCUUCUUGGUAUGGCUUUCUCGAUGACGCUUUAUCAACAGAUUCACCGAGCAGGAAAGAAGUACGAAGCCUGAUGGGAUGAACAGAAUUAUUCCAAACUGUUAAUAUUGGUUACACAAUCACAUUUUGUUCAUAGUAAAAAACAGUUAUCACGUGUGCCACUACAACCUUUUAUUUCACAUUAUUUCUGUCUAUUAAACCAGUUUUUCUUAUGGUUAGCUUUUUAAAUUUGUACUUUAAUGAGUGAUUUUUGUAAUAUUUGUGAUUUGCCUCUGACAAUCAGAACAAAGAGAAAAGACUGAGACGUUUUGGUUGUUAAAAGCCAUGCCUGUGGGAAAAAAGCACAUUGUAUGGAUCUAUUAAGAUUAAAAAAAAGCAUUGUGUACUAACAUGUUCAAUAAAAGCACUCUUCAAAAAUG